UGGUAGGCUGAAAUACCAAAAUUAGAAGCUCAGGAAAUGCAAGCCAGCGCAUGGUAUGGUAAAAAUAGUGCAGCCAUUCCCCAGUUGCGAGUUUCAGGGGGUCAUCUAGCACCCCUUUCGUCUUCCCUUGUUGAAUAUUUCAGUUUCAUGUUGAAAACAUGCAGAGACUUAAGACAACCACGACCAUCCGUCCCUAUUCCUAAACUAAACUCUCAGGAAAGGACGUUGUGAUGGAAGAUCCAAUGGAUGGGUUUGAUUCACAGUUGCUCAAAGAGAUCGAGGACCAUGAUAACAAUGAGAAAUUUGACUCGUCUUCUGAAACUGAGAUUGAUGAGUACAUCAUGCUGCAUUCGACCCAUAAGAAUCACCUCUUUGGACGCCAGAAGCCUCUUCACUUGGUUCUUGGCGGUGAAAAACAUGCCAAUAUCAUACUGUGGCGAAACACGCAGAUCUCAACACGCAUUUUUGCCGGUGUCACAGUCACAUGGUUUCUGUUUGAGUGCAUAGGUUAUCACUUGCUUACUUUGGUUUGCCACUUUCUUAUUCUGUCAUCGACAACGGUCUUCCUGUGGUCCAGUUUAGCCUCCUACAUCAAUGUGUCGCCCCCAAAACUCCCCGAGGUAACCCUGCCGGAUGAACUGUUCGUGAAUUUCCUUCUUUUGCUUAGGGGCAUCAUCAACCGCGCAUUUACAUCCUUCCAGGAUGUAGCUUCUGGGAAGGAUUUGAAGAAGUUUCUUAAGGUGAUUGCGGUUCUGUGGGUUCUCUCUGUUAUAGGAAGCUGGUUCAGUUUUUUGACUUUGUUAUACCUAUUGUUUGUAAUGCUAAUGACAGCGCCAAUGCUGUAUGAGAAAAAUGAAGAUGCUGUGGACAUUUAUGCUGAGAAGUUGUGGUUUGAAGUGAAGAAGCAGUCUGCUGUCUUGAAUGAAAAUGUUCUGCAAAAGCUCCCAAUCUUUGGUUCCGAGAAGCAUCAUAAGCAGCAUUAAGAAUAAGCAUAUUGCAGUGGUUAGUAGUUUUUCUCUGUUUUACCAUUUGUGAGAGGCAAGCUUAGAUUUCCUGGGAGUACAUGGUACAGAGAAAGUAAACCAUUUAUCAUCCUCAAAACAAAGGAGCAAUGUAAUGCCAUGGCUGGUUUAAACAAAGUGCAAAAAAGAACAGCCUCAUAUUUGAAUAGGUUAUUGUACCAGAUUGGAUUGCUCACAGUGCUAUUUUAAAGACACUUCUUUGCUGAAUUAUAGAUAUCAAGUUACAAAAUCUUUCAAACAUACAAGGCUCUUAACAAGUUUGACCAUCUUACCAACUCAUAAAGCUGCAUGCAGAUUCCAGCAGCUAAGGGUGCUAUUAUCUAAGAUACAAUGAAAAUCCUUCUUGGUAAGACGACAGAAAACCAACUAGGCAAAAUGUUCUAUACUUUUGAUUCUCUUGAUUCAGCAGGCAAGAAGGCCUCCCACCAUCCAUAUUCAUACUUUGGAUAUGGUGCCACCCAGUUUUCUGGCUUCUCAAACUCUAUAGUGGUAGGAUUCGAGGCUAAUGCUUCUUCUAGAGUGUCAGCUUCAUAGCUAUCAGAUAGAACACGGUCCAACCUUAAUUUCAUAAACCUGCCGAACCACAAAAGGGGAAGCCACAUCCAUGAGGAGCAAGAGAGAUAAGCCCAAGGACACACCACACAAGCACACAUAAGAAUCUUAUCUUUCUAGAGGAAUGAAGAUGAUUUUUAACAUACUGCAUAUGUGAUGAACAGAUAGGCAACAAGGCUCUUUAGGAAGCAUCCCCUUGCACCUCACCAAACAAACAAACAGGAGAAGUGCAAAAUUGUCAUAAAAAAGGAAAUCCCAAUAAUUUCCAGGAUAAGGAGUGUCAGAGCCAAGGUAGGCAUGCUCUAGCUAAGUACAAGCCUAGACAACUCUGUUUUUAAGAGCUUGAUUCAUGAGUCUUGUUCAAUUCACUAGGCUGAUGAGCAGACUUUGAAAAUGUGUGAGCUUGGUUGGCAUACUAGGCAAGUGAAAUUAUACUUUUGUCAAUUGCUACACAUAUUAUGAAUAAACAAGUCAUCAUAACACCAUAGUUUGUCUUGCAACCAAGAAGGCAGCAUAGGGAAUAUUGUUAGACAUACUGAAAAACUGAAUAAGAUUGUGGCUUGCGCCCAACAAAUGAUAAACCACAGCAUUCAAUCCUCCAAGGCCUAAACAUUAUCAUCUAUGUCUUGAAGUUUUAGAAUAACUCUGGUGAAGGCUCUUCCCUAGGUAGUUAUAAAAAUUAAAAUACAUAUAUCAAAUGCUAAGUAUAAGCUAGGAAGCAUACACAGAAACAAGGAAUUAUCAGAACUUGUAGUCCAAACGAGGAAGGGUGGAAGAAUGUUCUUACGUCAUCCAUGUGCCAUUAGUUGAGACUAGAGCAACAGCGGGUCUCUUCAGUCUUUUGGUGAUGUUAGGGAAUUUGUCCAAGAACUUGGGCUCAAUCACAAGCCAAAAGUCCUGCUCCUUAUUACGCUCUCCAUAGUUACGAAGGCGCUCAAACAAGAGCUCCUUGAAGUGCUCCUCUUCA